AUGUCAUUGACUCGAACACUUCGCCCUCUCAUCCCAUCUUGGGCCCUCCUCCAUCCACGAAUAUUACCCCCGUUUCAGCCUUGCCGCGCCCUGCAAACAGCUGCGCUACAGUACCCCUAUAAAGACUCCCAAGACCGCGAGUCUCUCAAGCCGCGUCCGUCGAUGGAAGAGAGCCAGAGCGCAUCGGCCGACGAGAUCGCUGAGAAGCAAGUGUCGUGGGACGGGAAUGUGACCGACCCGGACCUGGAGCGCAGUGCGGCAGCGCUGGAGAGCGGCGGCAAUCCGGGCUAUUGCAACCCGCUAGACCUGAGCGCGGCCGACCGCGAGUGGGGCGGGACCAUGACGAGCGAGGACGCGGCGGAUAAGUCGGAUAAGAAGAUUCGGAGCCGUCAUGAGAAGGGGAAGAAGCAUGGGAAGGUCGCGCCGCUUCCGGAUAAGAAAGCUUCGAUUAAAGGGGCGUUGCCGAAGAGAGAGUAA